ACUAUGGCCCAUGCGUUCCUGAAAGGUUCUCAAUUUUUUAGUGUGGUUUGAAAAUUAAGAGGGAGCCUUUUGCUUGCGCUCUACCGUCAGGAUCAGCUGCAUAACCCCAGCUUCAAGUACUCGUGCCCUCUUUCUCUCUCAACAUGUUUGACAGCAUGCCCCAACUAAGGUAGCCAGUGCUUCUUUCAAUCGCGUUCAAAUCUCUCAGCAGGGGCCUUUGCUCGUGCUGCGAGGAGUAGAAACCGUUUCCUGUCAUGUCUUCUAUGAUCCUUAGACGUGUUACGAGGGCUACUUCAUCAUUCUAUGCUCCUGGAAGACGGCACUUCAGUGAUAACAGCCUUGACCAUGCAAUUAGAGAGUUCAAUAAGGAAAUGGAAACAAUCUUCGGUGAACCUCCUCCCACCUCCCAUGGUUCUCUAACCAGCUCACAUGUUCUGGAAGAUGCGGAACCGGCCCAGUCCUUUUGUUCCCCACCUCUCGAAGUUGAACCUACUCUUUCUCACGUUGGCAGCCGCGGCCAAGCUCAGAUGGUCGAUGUCUCUGCAAAAGAGAGCAGUAAUAGAACUGCUAUUGCAUCCUGCAGAGUCUUACUAGGUGAGAAAGCAUUCAAGCUGGUAGCUGCCAACCAAAUAGCCAAGGGAGAUGUUCUGGGAGUGGCAAGGAUUGCAGGCAUAUGUGCUGCCAAGCAGACUGGCAAUCUCAUCCCUUUGUGCCACAACAUAACUCUGAGUCAUGUUUCAGUUGAUACAAAGCUGAAUCAGAAGGAUUUCGCAGUAGAGAUAGAAGGGCAAGCUUCGUCAACUGGGAAAACUGGCGUGGAAAUGGAAGCAAUGACAGCAGUAACAGUUGCUGGUCUGACCGUCUAUGACAUGUGCAAGGCAGCAUCAAAAGAAAUACGAAUUACUGAUGUUCAGCUUGAGAGCAAAACGGGUGGCAAAACUGGAGAUUGGCAUAGAAAACAAUGAAUUCAUUAUGCCUUGCUAGGAAGUCCUAAUGAUGUGUUGUUGCAACAAAAUAUCAAAAUUUGGAAGUUGCUGCUUGUUAAAGCAUUGAUAGUUACUGAUUGUUCGCCGUUUUUUCA